AUGAUUCCACUUCCUUAUGAUCCUGCUUUGUUAAGAGAACAUGCUUAUUAUGAUACUAAAAUAAAAUCUCUAGUAUUACCUCCACCUUUAAAAGGUAUUGAUGCUAAAAAAUUUUAUUCUGUAACUGAAAAGGGCUUGGGCUAUUUUAAUUAUAUUUUUGCUAAUGACGAUGAUGAUGAUCAAAGCACCACCAACAACAACAACAAUAAAAACAACAUCAAUAUAAAUACCAAUACAAAAAAUAAAAGAAGCAAACAUUUUAUCGACGAUGAUCAAAUAAUUGAAAAUACUUAUAACAACCCUUACUAUACUAAACCAGAUGAUAAAAAAACUCAAAAUGACCAAAACGUUCAAAACAAUAAUCAAUUAGUCGACGAUAAUGGUAAUAAUAAUACCUUUAAUAUUAAUUUAAAUCUGUUUUCAACUUUAAUCCUAAACUUCAUCUUAUUUUCUUUAUUACUAUUAUCAAUAUAUUCCUUAUCCAAAAAUCUAUAUCUUCUUUUCAUUAAAACCAACAUUAAAUCAAUUAAUAAAAAAAAUCACAUCAACAAAUUAAAACUAAAGAAAAACGAUGACGAGAUCAUUGAUGUCAUUGACAAUACCGAUAAUAUCGAUAAUAUCGCCAAUAUUAAUAACAUUGAAAAUGCCGAAAACAAUUUAAAUCAAAUCUCAAAAUUAACCAAAAAAUUAAUUCAGUCUCCCCUUAUUUUAUCAAAUAACUCAAAUAAUUUAAAUAAUGACACGGAAACCUUCAAUUUUAACAAAAUUAACGAUAAUAUUAAUGAUACCAUCAAUACUAACAUUAACAAAAGAUUUUUUAAUUCAAUUGAUCUCAUGGAUGCAAUUGAAUACGGCUAUAAUCCAAAUCUGAAUAACGAUAUUGAUAAUAGUAAUAAUAAUAACAACAACAAUAACAAUAACAAUAUAAAUAACAUUAACAGUUUUGAGACUCCAAGACAUUCUUAUAAUUCAUCUUUAGGUUCAACUGAUAUUAAUAACGUUCCUCCAUUAACACCGGCCUCCAUUUCUAAUUCUCCAAUUCUCCAAUCUCCAUCCCAAUUCUUCAAUUCAUCUCAAAACAAUUUCCCUUUUUCAAUCUCAAUUCCAAUGCUAAAUAGCAAUAUUAUUAAUCAUAAUAAUAACGCUUCGAUGAAUAAACUUAAAAAAAAUAUUUACAACAUUAAUAACAACCAAAAUACUAACAUUUUCCACCCAAGGCAACAAUCCUCUAUUGACCAAUUUUAUUUGCCUUUUAUUCCUGAAGAUUCCGUUCAAAAUAUUUCUAAUAUUUCAGGGAAUCAAAUUAGAAAUAAUCCGAUUUUACCUAUCUAA